CACUUACACAUCACACAAAACAGAAAUUGAAAGUUAUGGCAGAACUGUCAAAAAAAAUUUAACACCUGUCAUGAGGUACCAACACGAAACAAAAAUUAAACGAAAACCACUAGUAGAUGUUUACGCCUUUUAGAAGAAGUGUUUCUAACCUCCAAUUUGUAACGUUGAAACGUUGAAAAAUAAGCAUAAUGUUGGCCGUUCAGGGUAUGAAUCAGUCCGGAAUUCCAGACAAAAUGUGGCAACCCCCAUUCGUGGCAUUUGAGACAACAAUGGGUGAAAUCACAAUUGAGCUUUACUGGAAACAUGCCCCUCAAACGUGUCGAAACUUUGCAGAAUUGACCAGGAGAGGUUAUUACAAUAACACAAUUUUUCAUCGGGUUAUAAGGGAUUUUAUGAUACAGGGUGGGGACCCCACUGGGACAGGUAAAGGAGGACUUUCGAUUUACGGACAGACGUUUAAGGAUGAAAUACACCCGGAAUUGAAACACAGCGGAGCUGGAAUCUUAUCGAUGGCGAAUUCUGGCCCUGAUACUAACGGUUCACAGUUUUUUAUCACUUUGGCUCCUACGCAAUGGUUGGAUGGAAAACAUGCUAUUUUUGGGAGGAUUCAAUCAGGAAUGAAUGUCGUGAAGAGGAUAGGAUUGGUAGAAACUGAUAAAAAUGAUAGACCUGUUGACGAAGUGAAGAUAAUAAGAGGAAAAGUAAUUAAGAAUUAAUUGGUUUUUAUAUUGUGAAAAUAUUAAUAAAAAAUCCAAACAAA